CAGGGAAAGAAGGAAGGAAUGAAGGAAGGUAGGUAGGUAGUUAAAGGAGGGAAGGAAGAUGAGAAGGAAAAGAAUGAAAGGAAGGAAGGAAGGCAGGAAGGAUGGAAGAAAAAGAAAAAAAGGAGGGAAGGAAGGAAGUUGGGAAGGAAGGGUCCUUGUGUUGCCAAGGCCUCAAGGGAUGUCCCAGACCCGCAGCUUCCCCUUCAUGUGGGGCAUGAAUGCCCCCGGCAGUGCCCUGGUGACCCCGCCUGGUGACCCUUCCUUUGGCCCUUGCAGGGGGCCUGGACGUGGGCCUGAGCAACUCCCUGUACAAGAGCCUGGCCUCGCUCUCCCCGGAGAUCAAGGAGUGUGUGGACGCCUGCAACUUCAUCGCCCAGAGCACACGGGAGCAGAGCGCCACCGGGGCGGAGAUGGAGAACUGGGUGAUGAUUGGGCAGGUGAUUGACAAGCUCUGCUUCUGGGCGGCCAUCCUGCUCUUCUCCAUCGGGACCUUCGCCAUCUUCUACAUGGGGCUCCUCAACACCGCCCCGGACAACCCCUUCCCUGGAAUGGAGGAACCCUACUGACCGCCCACCCCGUCCAGGACCCCCACCCCUAUUGUCAUGAUCUCCAUAUGAGAGCCCCUAUAUAAGUGGGCCAAAGAGAAGGUUCUGGUAUUCGGUACAAUAAAAAUCUGUUGGAACCUA